UACUAUGAAAUAACAUAAUUUGAACUAGUUAAAAUUUAUUAACUAAACAAUAUCACACCUACAAAUUAUAAUAUAAGAUUAAUUAAUGUUGAACAUUUGAUUAUUUAUUUAUCGUUACAUCACUCACAUGUACCAUACACAACAUACAAAAUGAAUGUAUAAAAUACAAUCUAAGAAUUUAGUAAACAAGCUUAGCUCGAACUCGACUCAGCUCGUUAAUAAAUGGCUCGAGCUCGAGUUCAGCUCAGCUCAUUUGCUAUCGAGUCAAAGCUCAAACUGGGGUUAAACUCGACUCAGCUCGACUCAUUUGCAGCACUAAGUUUGUACUCCUACCAACCAAAACCCAUCCAAGGUCCGACCAAAUACCUCCCUCCUUCCUUACGCAUCUUUCCUACCCUACUCCCAGCUUUUCAGAAACAAAGGAAGAAAAAAAAAAGGGCCACAAUCCAUAAUAGAGAACAAAUAUCCGAAGAGAGAAAAUCAGAGAAAUACGAAAGAACGAAUCUCCUCUCUCCGCUUCUCUCUUUCAGAGCUGAGCUGAGCUGCAAAUAACUCCCCAAUCACCGACUCUUUCGUUUUCUUUCCACUUCCCGGGAAAGUUUCUCUGCAACUGUAAGUGCUCUCAUGACGAUCCGAAUCUCAGUCGAAUCUAAAUCUUCAUCUCUUUCUUUCCGUCGUUUAACGGGGCUCAUCACUCUGUUCGUUUCUUCGUUGAUUUCUGGCAAUAGACCGAUCUAGCAAGAGAGGAAACACAGGUGACAAUGUGGGGGAUCGUUGGACAAAGAGCUUGCCGCCAUGGCUCCUCCGCUAUGUCACUGCAAGGGACUCGCCCUGUUAUUCACGCGUUGAGGAGUUUCUCCACCGCAGCAAAAGAGAUGACAGUAAGGGAUGCUCUCAAUUCUGCCAUUGAUGAAGAAAUGUCUGCGGAUCCCAAAGUCUUUUUGAUGGGAGAGGAGGUUGGAGAGUAUCAAGGUGCAUACAAGAUCACUAAAGGCCUCUUGGAGAAGUAUGGUCCUGACAGAGUUCUUGAUACUCCAAUUACCGAGGCUGGCUUUACUGGUAUUGGAGUUGGUGCAGCUUAUCAUGGGCUUAAGCCCAUUGUAGAGUUCAUGACAUUCAACUUCUCCAUGCAGGCUAUUGAUCAUAUAAUCAAUUCUGCUGCAAAAUCAAAUUACAUGUCUGCUGGCCAGAUUUCUGUCCCUAUAGUCUUCAGGGGUCCAAAUGGUGCUGCUGCUGGAGUGGGUGCUCAGCAUUCUCAGUGUUAUGCAUCAUGGUAUGCUUCCUGUCCUGGCCUGAAGGUCCUUGCUCCAUAUUCUUCAGAAGAUGCUCGUGGCCUUAUGAAGGCUGCUAUUAGAGAUCCAGAUCCAGUUGUCUUCCUAGAAAAUGAGCUCUUGUACGGUGAGUCGUUUCCAGUUUCAGCUGAAGUUCUUGAUUCCAGUUUCUGUCUUCCCAUAGGCAAAGCUAAGAUUGAAAGAGAAGGCAAAGAUGUAACCAUUACUGCUUUCUCAAAGAUGGUCGGAUAUGCUCUCAAGGCUGCUGAAAUUCUUUCUAAAGAAGGGAUAAGUGCAGAGGUUAUAAAUCUGCGAUCUAUUCGUCCCCUUGAUAGAGCCACGAUCAACAACUCUGUCAGGAAAACUAACAGACUGGUUACUGUUGAAGAAGGAUUUCCUCAACAUGGAAUUGGUGCUGAGAUAUGUGCAUCAGUGGUUGAGGAUAGCUUUGAAUAUCUUGAUGCGGCCAUUGAGAGGAUUGCAGGAGCUGAUGUUCCCAUGCCAUAUGCCGCAAACCUAGAGAGACUGGCUGUCCCACAGGUUGAAGAUAUUGUCCGUGCUGCCAAGAGGACUUGCUAUCGAUCAUCUUCAUUGGCUGCAACGGCAUAGUUUGCUGCAGAACCCCAGCAUAAUUUGACUUGUCUUUUUUGGCGAACAAUGACUGUUAUUCGUUUCCCAGUCUGCAUGGGGCCAAAGGUCAGGCAGCAAUCACCAUGUGGACUGGCUUAGCGGAUCCACUCUCAUGGUGGACCACAGUGAUGAAUAUAAAGGCACUCUUUUCCCCAAGAAAAUAAAGAGUUCACCACACA